AUUUGUAUCUUUUUUCCAUGUCACAUAAAAGAAAACGUAUGCUCAGAGAUUACAAUCCAAUUUUUUUUUUUAACAAAAUAUCUUUACUUUCCAAUUCCACCUAAAAGAAAAUCACGUCAAAAUCUUAAUUCUAUUUAUCUGUCUAAUAAGAACCUUCAUAAUAAUGUCGACAUUGACACAAACACAUGCACAUUUUGCAGCAAUGAUAUAGAAACAGUUGAGCACCUUUUUUAUGCAUGUUAGAAAUUGUAAUCGUUCUGGUUUGGUUUUGUAAUAGCAUUUAUUGCCUCCUUUUAAAUGUCGAAAUUAUUUGAUUUGUUUUACAAACAGAAAACAAAAAGUUGAUAUUAAAUUGAUAUUAAAAUAAUAUCAAAAUUAUAUAUACAUAAAUGCCUUUUCUUUAAAGUGUCCCCAGUUUUGUUGGUUUUAAAAAUCAAGCAGGCUACUGGAAGAUUUAUUUAAAAAGUGUAAUUUCCUUAAGCCUAUGUAUUAUUUGAAUUCCUGAAACAGAUUUCUGAACAAUAUGAUGGUAUUUUUAUUUUCCCAUUUAUUUUCUAUGUGAAAUUGUAUAAAGUAACAUAUAUCCCUGCUAUUUUUAUCUUUUUCUCUCAUUGAAGACUUGAUUCCUGUUUACUGCUGUGGACCUCCCAAUGAUUGAAUAAAAAGCAAUAAACAAAAAAAAAUAUUAUGAAACAGAAAGUAAAUGUUUUUUUUAUGUAAUAUAUGAUUAUUUGACAUAGGAUUUAAUGGAAAACUAGAUUUUUUCUAACAACUGGCUCCAAUCGGGCUUUUAGGAGAACUGCAAUAUUUAUGAAUAUGGGUAUUAAAGCACAUUUUUAAAUAAGUUGCACUUCAGUCAACGGAUAACCCAAUGAGUUUGGACUGUUGAGGAAAACGAAAGACAAAAUGAGAUUUGGUUUGAGGUCAUGAGGAUGGUUGUGGUCUGUUUCCUGGUCUGGAACUACCCUGAUUCCAGCAUUCCGGCCCUAUGCGCCUCCUAGUGGCCAGCAGCAGAAUCUGCAGGGACGCGAAGCAGUUCAUGAGAAAGAAGGACGUCCUCUCUGCACGCAUUUAAACUACCUCGAAAACUUUUUGAGAGCUUCUGCAUCUGAUCUAGUUUUUCUUGGGGUCCGGUCUGUGUUUUUAUUUUCCAGAGGUCGCGUUCGUGAGCUUGUUUAUUGACUCAGAGUUGCCACCAUGCUGUCUGGGACCCUCCCCAUCACAGAGAGCCUUUCUGCAUCUUUAUCCAGUGUCACUGUUGUCCUGUUUCUCAUUGCUCUUGGCUUGAUGGCCAUCAAAGUACAGAAGAGCCGUAGUUCUUCCUUCAGUGUGCAGGAUGACUCCCACAUGGACCUCACAGCGUUCCCCUCUCCUCCUGGCCCCACACCGUGGCCCAUUGUUGGAAACCUGUUCCAGCUGGGGAACCAGAUGCAUCUUUCUUUAACGCUCUUAAGGGUCAAGUAUGGAGAUGUUUUUAAGUUGCGUCUGGGUUCAUUACCUGUUGUUGUCCUUAGUGGGUACAACACCGUCAGACAAGCACUGGUCCGUCAGGGAGAGGACUUCGCGGGUCGACCUGAGCUCUUCACCUUUUCUGCAGUAGCUGAUGGGAACAGUAUGACUUUCAGCGAGAAGUACGGACCUGCGUGGCUGCUCCAUAAGAAGUUGUGUAAGAACGCUUUGAGAUCUUUCUCCCAAGCGGAGCCCAGAGGAUCUGGGGCCACCUGCCUCCUGGAGGAGCAUGUGUGUGCUGAGGCUGUGGAGAUGCUAGAGAUGAUCCGGGAAGAAGCCACGAAAGCAGAGCUUGACUGUGAGAGGACAGAAGGGGCUUUUCAAGGUGUAGACCCGGUGAAACCAUUGGUGACCUCGGUGGCGAACGUUGUGUGUGCCCUGUGCUUUGGAAAAAGGUACGACCACAACGAUGAGGAGUUUCUCACAAUCGUCAACAUCAACAAUGAGGUCUUAAAGCUCUUUGCCGCGGGGAACUUGGCCGACUUCUUCCCUGUCUUCCGCUAUUUUCCGAGCUUAUCUCUGAGAGUGCUGGUCCAGUACAUCCGCAGGAUGAAUGGAUUCAUGGAGCGCAGGAUAGAGGAACACAUGCACACCUUUGAUAAGAAUUGCAUCCGGGACAUUACAGAUGCCUUGAUUGCUCUUUGUGAGGACAGAGAAAAGUCUAAGGAGAUGAGUCUGCUCUCCGACGAUCAGGUCGUUCACACUGUCAUAGACAUCUUCGGCGCAGGGUUUGACACCAUCAUUGCUGGGUUACAGUGGAGCCUCUUCUAUCUCAUUAAGUUUCCUGACAUCCAGCAGAGAAUCCAUCAGGAGAUAGAUGAACACAUUGGAACAGCAAGAAUGCCCAGUUUUUCUGACAAACCUAAGAUGCCUUUUCUUGAAGCGUUCAUCUACGAGGUGUUUCGUCACGCUGCGUAUGUCCCUUUCACCAUACCCCAUUGUACCACAAGACACACAACCCUGAAUGGCUACUUCAUUCCCAAAGACACUUGUGUUUUCAUCAACCAGUAUCAGGUCAAUCAUGAUAUAGAUCUAUGGGAUGAUCCGGACCAAUUCCGCCCCGAUCGCUUCUUGGGUCAUUCCGGACAACUUAACAAGGAGCUGACGGAGAAGGUACUUAUCUUUGGAAUGGGAAAGCGGCGCUGCCUCGGUGAUGACUUUGCCCGUUUGGAAAUGUUUGUCUUUCUUGCCACUCUGCUCCACGGACUGCGCAUGGAGAACGUUCCGGGUCAGAAGCUGGAUCUCAGCACCGAUUUUGGGCUCACCAUGAAACCUCACCCAUACAAGAUUAUAGUCUCCUCCAGAUUUUAGACUUGUUUAAGGUUCAGAUUGACAGAAAUGUAGUUCACUGAAGUAUAGUCGAGUUUUCUUUAUUUGGUGAAAACUCAAAUGUAAAGGAAAAUAUUGUAUAAACUGAAAAAAGGGAUGUUCUAAUCAUAUUCUCUGUGAGUCAUUCAAAGUGUCUCACUAUAUACUUUUGAAAAUUUGAGAAAUUUCCUUUUUUACCACAUGGAAAAUGAAUGUAACUUAACACAUUUUAAGCAUUUUUCCAAAGUCAUGAAAACCUUUCGAGAAACUUAUAUGACAAGAAUCUUUAUCAUUGUUAUCUUCACUCAUUUUCUUUUUCUUGGUUCAACUUUUCACCUUUUUCUCAUCUGUUAACACUCUUUUAUAAUCAAACUUUGGCAUCUGUACAUGACAAAUAAGAAGGAUUUAGGAUGUUCAGAAAACCCUGGCUUGUGCAUAGUCAUCUAAACAGUCAUUAGAGAGAUCAGACAUAGAUGAAUGAGUUAAUCAAAGACUUACUGACUCUACAUUUUUAGCUUGAUAUCCUUUAAAAGCUCAGAAAGCCUUUGCUGUUUAUAUUCCUGCAGCAUUGGUUGUGCAGUUCUGUAGUUUUCAGUGAUGAGCUUCUCUUUCGUCCACAGCUGAGUGAGGACACUUAGCUGAUGUGUUAGAAAUUAAAAUGCAAACAUGAGAGUAUACUAUUGGUGUUGCACUAAUAUAUAUUUUCCAAGCAGCUGCAGGCUGUUUAGCAUAUGCUGAGGUGAUGUCAGAGGUAGUUACUGUUUAUAAAUUUGUUUUUAUCACAUAUACGAUUAGAUUUCUUUUGUUAAUUCACUGUUAACCCUUUUAGCUUCCAUCAACGUUUCUAAGCUAACUCGAUAAAUGUUGCCACAUGAUAAGCUGGACAUUUACAAAUGUCACUUUUUCAUUUUGUCUGUCAUCCACCAACCCCGCACCCUCCUGAAGUUCUAAAUGUUCUGUACUGCGAAGAAAGGCACUUUUACUGUAAACGCUAAAUAUAAAGACGGCAGAUGUUCGAUCCAGAAAGGGCUUAAGCAGAACUACUUGAGAAACAUUAAACAACUUGUUGUUCCAGCAGCUUCAUUUAGCAGCUGUUGGAUAAUUCCAAUCCUUAUUAAGGCAAGGGAACUGAAUUUGUAUGAUACUUUUAAUAUACAGAGCAGUACAGUACAGAGCUGCAAAAGCUUUUGGAGCAUACAGAAAAGUUAAAUGAACAUAUAAUAAUAAUAAAAAAAAACAUAAGAGUAAAACAAAGAGAUCUCAGUCUGCUCAUAAAUAGUUUUAAAGUUAAGGAUCAUUUAAGCUCAUUGAGAAUCCAUUAUAGCAAAUUGGAAAGUGCAGCAUAAACAUCUUUUAGCAUCUUUAGCUUCUUCUCAAAAAUAAUUAACCUAUGAGCAAGACUUUUAGUUAUUUACUUGUUAGCAUUAGUGCAAAAAAUGGUUUAGUGUUACCUGAUGUGUGUUUUUUUUUUCUUUUUUUUAGAAAAUUUGUGUAGAAUUUUGACAGUAUUUUUGUAAUUUUCUUUUCAUGGAUACUUCCUUAAACAUCACAUGUAUUCAGGUAUCUAGAUUUAUUCAUGAUGUCAAAUCUGUCAACAUUUUUAACAGAACGAAUUAUUAAUGACUGUGCAUGUAAGAAGCUGUUCAUCUCAUAGCACAUAUUUUUUUAUGAUACUGUCAAAAAUUAAAAACUGAAUCAAAAGGUGAAACAAUAAGUGUUAAAGUGUUUCUUUCAUUAUGUAUCUAUGAUAAGGUCUGUUCAGCAAUAGCGUGUAAAAUAAUGAUUUUAUAAAAUC